UAUGUGAAAUGCUCUCUAUUUCAGUAAAGUCUUCCAGCCUACGUACUACAUAGCCAUCACCCAUAUGUCAAUCCCGCGUAGCGCCGACUCCAACUGCUGGGUCUUUCCAAUGUCUAUGAUGAACACUACCGGGGCUCUUCGGGACCGGGAACUCGUCAACGGCACUACCUCGAUUGUGCAAGCUCUCGACAACCUGAGAUGGAUGAAGCAGCGGAAUCAAGAAAAUAUGUUAUUAUAUAUAUCUUUCUCGAUGCGGGCGCAGCAGUACACACCGGAACAUAUUUCAAACAAUACCGUAGAAGAAUCCUUCAGCCUAUUCAAUCCAUGCACUGACUCCCCUGACGAUCAGAAUCACGGAGACGUCCAUCCAAGACAAGUUUGCUCGGAGGAGUACGGAAAAUACUACCGCCGUGAUUCCGAAGUGGAUGCAGAGUACACGUUUGACCCUACUGAGAAUCGCACUUUGACGUUUGACUCGGAAAAGGGACUCAAGGAGAAGGUCUGCGGUGCCGUCGCCACCUACAGCAACCUCAACUUUAGCGUAGCCGUCUACGACGUCGAGUACGACCAGGAAGACACGAGAUGUCUCUGUUUCUACAUUGGCCGUGGCUCCUUCAGACGUGUGAGGGCACUCUCUUCUGCAAUUUCUGGCCGCAAAUACCCGAUCUCGGUCACCACAAUCAUUCGACCAGACAUAUGCCUUGAACGGCUGUACGCUUCCCUGGGUGCUCCUUGUUGCCCCGCCUCCUAG